AGAAAAACAAAAUGGCGUUUGAUGGAAAAUACGUUCUUAUGGUUGUUAUAGUGUUUUUUUUCAUAAUCAGCACGAACAUGUACACACAUGUGCUUUUAGUGCAGUACAAAUCGUUAAUAAUUGUUUGGGUCUGGAUACAUUAGUUUAAGCGCACUUUGUUGCUUCCCAUACUAGCUUAGCUUGCUAACUUAGCUUGCUAGUUAGCUUAGCUAGUUAGCUGCUAACAAAGAGACGCGGAAGUGAUCAACACAUUGCUAAGCAGAGAUCAAGUGUGAGUGUAAAGUGUUGUGAUUGUGUGAAAAUGUGCGAAAGAUCGAUAGCAGAGUACGAGGAGGAACUUUCUCCAACAAAAGAGACCGAGCGACAACAUCAACUACUAGACGCUGUUUUCAAGAAACAUCAAGUUGUGUUACACAGAACAGGCGUCCAGCAGCGCCCCCACAUUAAAGAGGAAGAGGAGGAGCCACAGCCCCCCCACAUUAAAGAGGAAGAGGAGGAAGUGUGGAUCACUCAGGAGGGAGAGUGUCUUCCAGGGCAGCAGAAGGCUGAUCUCACCAAGUUUCCACUGACUGUUGUCUCUUUGAAGACUGAAGACCAUGAAGACAAACCACCUGAGUCCUCACACCUUCAACACAGUCCAAACGUCUUAGAAAAACAUCUUCUCCCUGAGCAGCAAGAAUGGAGCUUUAGGAUGGAACAGGGGGAGCCACAUCCCUCCCGCAAUAAAGAGGAAGAUGAUGCGCCACAGUCCUUGCACAUUAAAGAAGAAGAAGAGAACCCACUGACCCCCCACUUUAAAGAAGAAGAGGAGGAACACAGCAUCAGUCAGGAGUCCCCAGUAAUUGGUGUGAUUGUGAAGAGUGAAGAUGAUGAGGUCAAAGGUGAAAGUGAGGAGAAGAGAGAGGCGGAGCCUCCAAGCAGCAGCUCAACUCAACACCUGACAACAGAAGCUGAUGGAGACCACUGUGGAGGAUCACAAGCAGACAAGAUCUUAGCUCCACUAUCAGAUAGUGACGACAAAACGUCUCACUCUCCUGACAUUGAUGAUGAAGACUCUAAAGAUGAUAAGACAUGUCACACUGACAACACACGCUUUAAAUGUUCUCACUGUCCCAAAACUUUUAGAUUCCGUUGUACUCUAAUAACACACGUGCGAAAACACACUGGAGAAAAACCAUUCUUGUGCUCAGUUUGUAGUGGAAGAUUCUCAACGAAGUACACUUUGGAAAAACACACAUUGAUACACACUGGAGAAAAACCUUUUAUCUGUUCAGUCUGUUGUAAAGGUUAUAGACAAAGACAUGAUUGGAAAGUACACAUGAGAACACACACUGAAGAAAAAGUGUUGAGUUGCAGUGUGUGUGGUGAAAGAUUCUCUUCUAAGUAUCAGUGUAAAAAACACAGGUGUGCUGGUGAGAACAGCAGCAGUUGGGGGGGCAACGUGGCUCAGAUGGUAGUGUGGCCGUGCCAGCCAACCCAGGGUUGCUGGUUCGUAACAAGCGUCCAUCAUCCGAGUCACGGCUGUAGUGUGCUUGUUCCCAGUACCCCAACUUUGUACGCAACCACUGGGUCCCUAAUGCUCUCUGUUGCCGAUGAAACAAAAAGCUCCAAUCCAUGAGGAGGACCUGAUGUUCAAUUUGCUCAACAGCAGCAGCAACAGCGAAUGCAUUUUGUUCAAUACUUUUUCUGUGACAUUCUAACAUCAGCAGCACUUAUAACAUGUGUGACAUCAUUGUUGUGUGUGUAACACAAUAUUAUUAUACUUUUAUAGAUUACAAAACCCAAAACCAGUGAAGUAGGCACGUUGUGUAAUUCGUAAAUAAAAACAGAAUUCAAUGAUUUGCAAAUCCUUUUCAACUUAUUUGGAAUUGAAUAGACUGCAAAGACACAAUAUUUAAUGUUUGAACUGAAAAACUGAAUUUAUUUUGCAAAUAAUCAUUAACUUAGAAUUUAAUGGCAGCAACACAUUGCAAAAAAGUAGGCACAGGGGCAUUUUUACCACUGUGUUACAUGGCCUUUUCUUUUAACAACACUCAGUAAACGUUUGGGAACUGAGGAGACCAAUUUUUGAAGCUUUUCAGGUGGAAUUCUUUCACAUUCUUGCUUGAUGUACAGCUUAAGUUGUUCAACAGUCCGGGGUCUCCAGUGUCGUAUUUUACGCUUCAUAAUGCGCCACACAUUUUCAAUGUGAGACAGGUCUGGACUAAAGGCAGGCCAGUCUAGUACCCGCACUCUUUUACUAUGAAGCCAUGCUGUUGUAACAUGUGGCCUGGCAUUGUCUUGCUGAAAUAUGGCAACAUAUGUUGCUCCAAAAGCUGUAUGUACCUUUCAGCAUUAAUGGUGCCUUCACAGAUGUGUAAGUUACCCAUGCCUUGGGCACUAAUUCACCCCCUUACCAUCACAGAUGCUGGCUUUUGAACGUUGCGCCUACAACAAACCAGAUGGUUCUUUUCCUCUUUGGUCCGGAGGACACAACAUCCACAGUUUCCAAAAACAAUUUGAAAUGUGGACUCGUCAGACCACAGAACACUUUUCCACUUUGCAUCAGUCCAUCUUAGAUGAGCUCGGCUCAGCGAAGCCGGCGGCAUUUCUGGGUGUUGUUGAUAAAUGGCUUUCGCUUUGUAUAGUAGAGUUUUAACUUGCACUUACAGAUGUAGUGACAAACUGUAGUUACUGACAGUGGGUUUCUGAAGUGUUCCUGAGCCCAUGUGGUGAUAUCCUUUACACACCGAUGUCGCUUUUUGAUACAGUACUGUCUGAGGUAUCCAAGGUCAUGGGCAUUCAAUGUUACGUGCAGUGAUUUCUCCAGAUUCUCUGAACCUUUUGAUGAUAUUACGGACUGUAGAUGGUGAAAUCUCUAAAUUCCUUGCAAUAGCCCGUUGAGAAAUAUUGUUCUUAAACUGUUAGACAAUUUGCUCACACAUUUGUUCAAAAAGUGGUGACCCUCGCCCCAUCCUUGUUUGUAAAUGACUGAGCAUUUCAUGGAAGCUGCUUUUAUACCCAAUCAUGGCACCAACCUGUUGCCAAUUAGCCUGUUCACCUGUGGGAUUUUCCAAUUAAGUUUGUUGAGCGUUCCUCAUCUUUCUCAGUCUUUUUUGCCACUAGUGCCAGCUUUUUUUAAACAUGUUGCAGGCAUCAAAUUCCAUAUGAGCUAAUAUUUGCAAAAAAUAAAAUUUUCCAGUUCGAACGUUAAGUAUCUUCUUUUUGCAGUCUAUUCAAUUGAAUAUAGGUUGAGAAGGGUUUGCAAAUUAUUGUAUUUUGUUUUUAUUUACGAUUUACACAACGUGCCAACUUCACUGGUUUUGGGGUUUGUAAAAUGUUUGACUAUAUGAAUUAUUUGUUGGGUCUCUAUUUUGUAUUAUAAAUAUUGUUUUGUGAUUGUUUUAUAUGUAUAUGUCCCACACCUUUAUGCAAUAAGAAAUGUAUUUUAAAAUACUAAAUCCUUUUUUUUUGCCCAAAAGUGACGAGCGACAAAUGUCUCAACUUUUUUGGGGAUGUUUUGGAGACAUGAAAGAAGGCAUCAGGCUGCAGUUUAUGUUGUCAACGAGCAGCGGGUGCUGCCAUGAGCCCCUCCUCACGGGUGUUCAGGUUGACAGUAGCCUCGCGCAGCAGUCCCAGCUGCAGUCAGAGCAGAGAGGAGAGCCUCAUUAAUUGAACAUGGUUCAUGUUAAUGAGCCAGUCAAUAGAUUCUGUUCGCUUGUCAAUGUCACAACUUUCCAGUCUUUUGAGCAAAUGUGAUAUUCUAACAUUUAACAAUGCACAACCAUUUUAAUUUUAAGACAAACUAAGAAUCAACAGAAGACUUUAUUAGCAGUUAAAUGCAUAUUUAGCAUUUUUUAAAGUCUUUUUUUUAAUCUCUUUCAUUCCGAGUCCAUUGCGGUGGAUUAUGUAAAUGAGGCGAUGACGUCUUCCGGCGACUUUUAGCACAGCCAAUAGCUGCUUUCCUUACUGAGGAGUUGGCAAC